UCCCCGUGUGGGGGGAGAUGGAGGGGACGGGGACAGACCGCGACAGUGAGACAUCGGGAUCCACCCCGGGCUCCCACGGAACUCAUGCGGUGAAGAGAACACCAGGACUGACCCCGGGAGGACACUUAAGCCCAGGCCCUUGGACUCCCCAGAGCCCGGAGAGGUCCAAGAAGACCCCGGGAUAGACCUCCCCGAUCUCGGGAUAGACCCUCCGGAGCCCUCGGCUGUCUGGCCACUCCCUCCUCCCCGCACACUUUGGGGGACUUACGUGCAGCUUCCCUUAGGGGAUGAGGCUGGGGAGGUUGGGGGCUGCUGAGCUCCCCCAUGUCCCCCCCGGGCCCCCCCCUAUCCCUUCGUGCGGGGGUGGAGGUGUGAAGCAGGAAGGGCCCUGGGGAGCAGCGGUAUUCUGUUUAAAGGAGUUUUGGUGUCUUGGUCCCCCACCCCCACAGCCUGUGGCUUCACAAUAAAAGGUGUCAGGACACAGGCAGUUGCUCACUCAGUCACCGGCCGUCACCAGCUCAGGGGGCUCACCAUGGCUUCCAUCUUCCUCCUGCUGCUGCUGCUGGUGGGAGGUAACGGGGACCCUCCUGCUUCCCGGGGGGAAUGGUCACCCCAAGCAACACAGGCCGCAGCCCCCCAACCCUGCCAGGGUGACCCAAUGUCCUGGUGCUGGGACAUGGAUACGGCCACACGCUGUGGCUGGGAGCAGCGAUGCCAGGACAUCUGGGACAGCCUGGCCCUGGGGAAUGUGGCUGAUGGGGACAACAUGGCUGAUGGGGACAACAUGGCUGAUGGGGACGGCAUGGUGCAGGACAGGGGGAUUAAGUGCCGCCUGUGCACCAAGGUCUUGAAGAGGAUACAGGCACUGGCAGGUGACAACCCCGACAAGGCGGCGGUGGAAGCAGCAUUGCAGAAGGGUUGCCGGAUGCUGGGCCGGGCCAUGGGCAGGCAGUGCCGGCGGCUGGUAAAAAAGUACCAGGACCAGAUCACCGAAGGGCUACAGAAUGGGGAAAUGCCCCGGGACAUCUGUGCUGCCAUGGGCAUCUGCCAGUCCUGAGCAUGGCACAGCCCUGAGUGCUCCCCGAACCCUGACACCCCUCCAGUCCCUGAUGCCCCUGGAGCCCAGCCAUCCCUCUCCCUCACAAUAAAGCCUCUC